CCGGUCAACACUAGCAUUGGCACACGUUAAUCUGCCUUGCUUUUAUAACGUAGAUGGAGAAUUUUUUAAAUAAUACUAAUCAUCAGUUUUGUAAAAUUAAUCUGUGAAUACUCAUGUGGGAAUCUGCAGCUGUCAAGAUUAAUGGCGGCUAAGAGUUUUUAAAACCUUAGUUAGAAAGGCUACUGUAAAUCAUGACCAUUGUCAUGCGAGGAGGGCAGACUGGUGGAGGAGAUUCUCCUCAGGAAAAUAUUCCUGUACAGCCACCCAGAACUAAUCAAAUACCUAGUCCAAAUCCUUUAAAUGAAAUAGAAGGCAGUGCAGAGCAGGAAGAAACUCCUAAUGAAUUACCAGAUGGACAAGAGCCGGAAUUUCCUCAUGCUGAAUUAGUUCGGUUGGAUGAAAUGAUUAAUCGGCCUCGCUGGGUUGUUCCGGUGCUUCCUAAAGGAGAAUUGGAAGUCUUGUUAGAUGCUUCAAUUAAUUUAAGUAAAUUAGGGAUUGAUCAGCGUAGUGAGGCUUGUCAAAGAUUUUAUAGAGAUGGCCUCUCUGUGUCUUUUACUAAAAUACUUACUGAUGAAGCUGUUAGUGGGUGGAAGUUUGAAAUCCAUAGGUGCAUUAUGAAAAAUUGUGAACAUCUUGUGGAUUUGUGCGUACUAAAACUUAAUCAAGACUGUCUCUCUUUGCUUGAGCUGCUGGCCAUGGUUCUUAAUCCCAAUAACAAAUUUCACACCUUCAAUGGGACUAGACCAUCUGAAACGGUCCCUACAGGUUCACAGUUGCCAGAAGAAGAAGUAUUUGCUCGUCCAUCAGAUUUACGAACUCCAAAGGGUUGGCUUGUUGACUUGAUUAACCGCUUUGGAAACAAUGGGGGCUUCAAUCUCCUGCUUGAACGUUUUCAAAAUGGACCAGCUUUAACUGUACCUGUCAUAGCUGCUCUUAUUAGGCCCUUUGGCUUGUGUCAUGAUUUGCUCACUGUUCGUGUUAUUGAAAAAUAUUUUAUGCCUAUUGUUGAAAUCGUGCCAUCAUUUUUGGACAAUUUAACUGAUGAUGAGUUGAAAAAGGAAGCAAAAAAUGAAACAAAGAACGACGCAUUAUCAGGAAUAGUUAAAGCUUUGAAAUGCUUAGCAUCCAAAGUACCUAACCAAGAAGCUACAGUUAAAAAUUUAGAGACUUUUAGACUGAAAAUGAUUCUAAGGUUGUUACAAAUAUCUUCUUUUAAUGGAAAAAUGAAUGCCCUAAAUGAAGUCAAUAAAGUCAUUGCAAGUGUUUCCUACUAUACCCAUCGACAUGGGCGUGAUGAAGAAGAAGAUUGGUUAACAGCUGAACGAGUUGCAGAAUGGAUAAAAGAAAACAAAGUUCUUCAAAUUGUUCUCAGGGAUAGCUUACACCAACCUCAGUAUGUAGAAAAACUAGAGAAAAUUCUUCGCUUUGUUAUAAAAGAGAAGUCAUUAACUUUAGAAGAUUUAGAUGAUAUAUGGGCUGCUCAAUCUGGGAAACACGAAGCAAUUGUCAAAAACGUACAUGAUUUACUUGCAAAAUUAGCUUGGGAUUUCACUCCGGAACAACUAGAUCAUUUAUUUGAAUGUUUUCAGUCUAGUUGGACAAAUGCAAGUAAAAAGCAAAGAGAGAAAUUAUUAGAGCUAAUACGUAGGCUUGCUGAGGAUGAUAAAGAUGGUGUGAUGGCUCAUAAGGUAUUAAACUUACUGUGGAGUUUAGCGCAUAGCAAUGAUGUUCCUACAGACAUUAUGGACCAGGCAUUAACUGCUCAUGUUAAAAUUUUGGAUUAUAGUUGCUCUCAAGACAGAGAUUCUCAAAAAACGCACUGGUUAGACAGAUGUGUGGAGGAACUGAAAAAUGACAAGUGGGUUCUGCCUGCUUUAAAACAGAUCAAGGAAAUUUGUAAUCUGUAUUCGGAAGCACCUCCAAAUUUUAAUCAUGCUCAGCGUUCUCCACAUAUGUUUUAUAGACAUGAAGUCAUCAAUCGUCUUCAGCAGCAUCAUUCCCUAGUCAUUCUCGUUGCAGACAAUCUUUCUGCUUAUAUGAAUAGAGCUCAUGUAAUGGCCAAAGAAUAUCCGGAUUUAGAUCCAAAUUCUGUUUCACCUGAUAGCAGGUUUAGUCAUGUAAAUCAAGUCCAAGAGCGCCUGAAUUUUCUCAGGUUUUUAUUAAAAGAUGGUCAAUUGUGGUUAUGUGCUCCACAAGCUAAACAGAUUUGGAGUUGCCUUGCUGAAAAUGCUGUCUAUGUAUCAGAUCGUGAAGCAUGCUUUAAAUGGUUUUCAAAGCUGAUGGGUGAAGAGCCAGAUCUUGAUCCAGAAAUUAACAGAGAAUUUUUUGAAAACAUAGUUUUACAAUUAGAUCCUUGUUUGUUAACUGAAAGUGGAAUCAAGUGUUUCGACCGCUUCUUUAAAGCUGUUAAUUCAAAAGAAAGUAAACUAAUAGCAAAAAGAAGAGCUUUUUUAAUGAAUGACCUUGAACUCCUAGGUUUAGAUUACCUUUGGCGGGUUGUUCUUUGUAGUAGUGAAGAUGUUGCCAAUAGAGCUAUUGAACUUUUAAAGGAAACAUACACAAAUUUAGGUCCUCGGUUACAAGCUAGUCAAAUGGAUAUACACGAGGACUUUGUACAAUCAUGUAUGGACAGAUUAAAAGCUGCAUUUGAUACCAUAUCAGUGCUAGAAAGAGACAAAGACAGUGUAAAUAGAUUAAGGCAAGAAACAACUAGAAUGGUUCGUGUGUUGAAAGUGUUGCGCGAGUAUGUUGGUCAAUGUGAUGGUGAUUAUGGAGAAGAAAGAUCUAUUUUACCCAUGGCGAGAGCACACAGAGGGAAGCAGUUAUCGCUGACCAUCAGAUUUUCAAACCAAGGACGUAACUUUGACGAUACUGAAGUAUGGACUCAUUUGAAUGACACACUUGGUGCAGUUCGGCGGCAAAUUCUUACAAGAGUUAAAGCUAACAAUGUAAAUAUGAAAGUGGACUUAUUUGUAAAUGGGGAGCUGUUAGAUCCUUCAGAUGAUAAAAAACUUAUUUCACAGCUACCACUCAGGGAUAAAAUGAUAAUAUCUGCAAAGCUUUGUCAGAUUGGAACAAACAUGCCUUCUUCACCUGAUUCUAGUUCCGAUAGUUCUACAGAUUCUCCACAACAUCCCUAUGAUGGACCUAAUAUUGAAGCAGAAAAUUGCCUUCCAGGAGUGUUAAUGUCGCAACAACAGCAGUAUGCGCAAUUUCUGUUUCAACUUGCUGAUUUGGGAAGUUCUCUUAAUGUGCCUGCACUUCGGGAUGAAGCACAUGCUGUUCUAAAACUAAUGCCCCCUGAUGUUCAUACAUAUGAAAAAUUGAAAUCCAUGUGCUUGGAAAAUUCAAAAUUAGGAGAACGUUCUUCAUCACCUUCUUUAGAAAGCAUCUUUUUUGCAUCAUCACCUUCACAAGUUCUUUACACUCUAGAAGUUACUUAUACAUUGCUAAUGCCUGCUCACAAUCCUAUGUCUGAAGAAGCUCAAAGUUUUCAGUAUAACUUCGUGCGUAGUGGAGGAGUGCCAGUGACUUUAGGAAUGCUUACUAAAAAUAAUUUUUUAAAUGGUGGUGACGUACCUACUAAGAGGGCAGCAUAUUUAGUUGUUCUCAAAAUUUGCAAGCUUUUAUUAACUACAGUUGGAAAAUGCAUUGUCCAAGUUGAAGCAGAAACAAUUCAUUCACACAGUUCUCCCGGUUCCCUGUCUCCAUCAUCACCCAGUUCUGUAAUUUUGACAGGCAGAGCAUCUGUACUACAGCAAGCUCUUAGCCAUAUACCUAACCCAAAUACAGAAUUCAUGCUGAGAAAUGUAUCUUCGAGACUUGCGCAGUUGCUUCAUGACCAAGCAGUAAGUCACAGGCCUGAUUUACCAACUGUAAAAGCUAUUUUAAAAAUGGCAUGGGCAUCAUCCUCCGGUUCCAUGGACUUAAUUCAAACAUCAUAUGAAGAACUGCACCAGUUGGAAGAAAAAGUAUGCAAAGUUAUUGAUCCUGAAGAAAUUUAUCUAUGUCGGGAAGCUUUGGAGGUACUUACAAUAUGCUUAGCAUUGUGUCCUGAAGCCUUGGAUACAUUAAUGAAAGAAAAAUCAUGGCAUUUUUUCAUUAUUGAUUUGCUUCUUAUAUGUAAAAAUCGCUCAAUCCGAAUCUGUGCUGCUGAUCAAUUUUUGCUUAUUGCUACAAAAUGCUAUCUUGGUCAUCAGUGCCUUGUUUUUUCAAUCACUUUGCUGUUCACGCAACUGAUGUCCACUGUCAAAGAAUAUGCAAAAAAUUCCCAUGAAUUUUUCAUACUGUUGUGCCGCUUACUUAACUAUGCCUGUAAUUGCAAUUGUCCUUUGCCAACUGCCCAGAAUCUACUAAACAAUGAAAUUGACUGGCUGAAAAGUGUUAGGAAUAAAGUUCUUUCCACUGGUGACAGUCAAGUUGAUGAAGCUUUGUUAGAAGGUCACUUAGGUGUAACCAGGGAAUUAGUUUCUUUUUUGGGCCCUGACAAAAAGUAUGAAGUUGGUGCGGACCCAAACAUACCCAGAGGAAACCUCAUAAAAGAGCUUGUAGAAGAUUUUAUUUUCCCUGCUUCAAGAGUGGUUCUACAAGUUCAACGUAGUGGGGGUGAAUUGCCAUCAGAGCAGGCAAUACCUGUUUGUUCAUCAUCAUCUUCACUUGUAGCUGCCUUUGAACUACUUGUUGCUUUGUGUACCGGAUGUGCUCCCAAUUUAAGGCUUCUUGUAGAUAUGUUGUGUGAAAUGUUUUAUUCAGUUAAUGAUCAGCCCUUAACAGAAUGGGAGUAUUUACCGCCUGUUGGUCCCAGACCCACUAGAGGAUUUGUAGGUUUAAAAAAUGCUGGUGCCACAUGCUAUAUGAACUCUGUGUUACAGCAGUUAUAUAUGAUAGAAGACAUUCGAAAUGGUAUACUGUCUGUCGAAGGAGCUGCCACAGAUCCAAAUGAAGAUUUUUCUGGGGAAGAAAGGGUUGAAAAUGAGCAUCAAGGGAUUUCAGAGUCUGAAAUUGAAGGCUGUGAAGAUAAAAUUUCUAGAGAAGAAACACGAAAAGAAUACAAUUUAGGAGUUUUGAAACAAGUUCAAGCAAUUUUUGGACAUUUAGCAUGUAGCAAAUUACAGUAUUAUGUACCUCGUGGGUUUUGGAAGCACUUUAAAUUGUGGGGUGAACCUGUUAACUUAAGAGAACAGCAUGAUGCUUUGGAAUUCUUCAACAGCUUAGUUGAUAGUCUGGAAGAGGCCUUAAAACUUCUAAAUCAACCUUGUAUUUUAUCCCAAAUUUUAAGUGGCUCCUUUGCUGAUCAAAAAAUUUGCAAAGAUUGUCCUCAUAGUCGAUUCAAGUGCCACACUAGCUGAUCACCUUAUCAUAGAUGUUUUAAAUUUGUUGAAAAAAGAAGUUUCUGAGCAUGGACGUCAUCUAACCCAAUAUUUUAGUUUGUUUGCAAUGUUUGCUUCUCUUGGAGUUGCAGAGCGAACAAUGUUGCUACAGUUAAAUGUCCCAGCAACUUUUAUGAAAGUAGCUUUAGAUGAGGGUCCUGGCCCACCAAUUAAGUAUCAGUAUGCUGAAUUAGGGAAAUUAUAUCAAGUUGUUAGCUUAUUAAUACGUAGUUGUGAUGUUUCUUGUAAAAUGCAGUCUUCACAUGGAGGCACUCCAGCUCCAAAUCCUUUUGUGGGUGAUAAUAUUUGUCAAGAGUAUUUAAUGCCAAUUCAGCCUGAAGUUGCAGACCAUUUGUAUAAUAACACAUGCUAUCUAAAAAAAAUUAUUGAAGAUGCUAAUAAUUCAGACGAUACCUUGAGGCUGUUAAAGUUCUGUUCCUGGGAGAAUCCUCAUUUUUCUUCCAUGGUGUUAAAUGAACUGUUAUGGCAGGUGUCCUAUUCUUAUACUUAUGAGCUUAGACCUUAUUUGGAUUUAUUAUUACAUAUGAUGUUGCUAGAUGAUUCCUGGCAGAAUCAUCGGAUACACAAUGCUUUAAAAGGAAUUCCUGAUGAUCGUGAUGGCCUUUUUGAUACUAUCCAGCGUAGCAAAAAUCAUCAUCAGAAAAGAGCAUAUCAGUGCAUUAAGUGUAUGGUCACGUUGUUUGUUUCAUGUCCUGCUGCUGCUCAAAUGCUGCAAAGUAAUGGUGAUUUAAAGCGAAAAUGGACAAGUGCUGUGGAAUGGUUGAAUGAUGAACUAGAGAGGAGGCCGUAUCCAGCAAAUGCUCAGUAUGGCUACAAUAAUUGGUCACCCCCAGCACAGUCAAAUGAAACAUCAAAUGGAUAUUUCUUAGAAAGAUCUCAUACUGCUCGAAUAACUUUAGCCAAAGCAUUUGAACUCUGUCCAGAUGAGGAUGCAGAAGAUCAAGAUAUGUCAGAAGAUGGUGAAAGCCCUCCACCUGAGGACAAAACACAAUCAUGGCAAGCGAAUAGUCCUAGCAUUCCUCAACAUCCUAGUCCUCCACCACCAGCACCAUCAGAUGAUGCUAGUAGUUCUUCGAAACAGCCUGCCCAAGAAAUCCCUGUUGUGCCCUCAGAACUUAUCGUAGAAGAACCUUUAGGACCUACUUUUAUGUCGCCAAAUAACGGCAGCUCUUCUGACACUCAACAUACUACUUCCGAUUCUGCUUCAAGCUCCAUCACGACAACUGUAUCCCCUACAAAUGUGUUGUUAAAUGAAGAACUCACUAAAUCUCAAACGGCAAAACAAGAGGUUCCUGUGUUCUGGUCACAAGAAGUAGUUCCAACGACUACGAAAGUACAGGAGGAAGACGAGGAAGAGGAGGAGGAAGUAGAUGAAAGGGAAGUUGGAAGGCCGACUUCGGUGCGAUCUACUAGAAUGCGAAGUAUAAAUAGUACAGAGGAGAGGAGGCGUGCACGUGACCGUAAUACAGAAGCAGUAGUAGAUCAUAAUACGGAAGCAAUGUACCAGUUUGAAGGGUCUGGUGUGAAAUGCCAAAGAAAGGGUCAAAACAUAGGUGGUAUGUUUAGGAGACGCAAGUAAAAAGUGUAACUGCCUUCAUUUUCUGGAUCUUUUUAUAGUUUCGGAAGAAAAUAUUCUCUGUGAAAAUGACAUUCAACAAUGCAAUUCCUUGAAUGAAUUGUUUUGAAUUUCGCUUUCGAACUUCUCAUGAUUUGAAAAAAAAGUAACAGAAUAAAAGCUCAUCAGGCAUACUCGAAUUUUUGUGUAUAUUGUUUAUUUAAUUAUGCCAAGAUGAACAUUUAUAAUACCAUGUGAAUUGUAGAUAGUUUUUUAAUUGAAGCUUUUUAUUAGUUGUUAUAUGAAUUUUUUCAUAUUGAGUUGUUUUCGGAAAGCUUGUAUAUUUGUUGUAAAAUCAAAUUAGCGUGGUCUACUUCAAUGAUCAAAAGAAAAAUGACAAUUUGCAUUGAUCUUUUUGUUAAAUAACUUUCGUAGUAACGUAUUGAAAUUUUAAGGACAAUAAUAGCAUUUUGCUAAUUUUAACUGUACUGUGGCUGGAUCACUUUCCUGUUUGUGCUGAACUGCUUGAUCAUUUGUCAUCAGUUUUGUUUCAUAAUUGAAAAUAAAAAGUUCUGAAAUAUUA